GGUAAGAUGCAGACGAAAACGUAAAAACUACGUAAUCUGUUACACCCUUCAUUGUAGCGCAUACUUAAAUUGCGAGUCAUUUGGACCGCAAUUCGGUUUCAUUUCGAACAGUUAGAAAUGUAUUUACCAGUUUCGCCUAUAUACCAAACGACAAAUAAUUUUGUAAGUGCUUCCUUUUCUUUUGUGCAAGUAUUGCAAACGAUUUGCUACGGCUGAGUCUUCCGAGGCCGGUGACAUCGUGGUUUUCUACCGUACAGGGUGCCAGCUCAUUUACGCUUUUCUGGUAAACUCCCAUACCACCGACUUAACUCUGGACCGAUGUUGCCGAAAUUUAUUAAUGUGGCUCGACAUGCUCCUGGAGCUCCUCUUUUUGUGUUGUAUGAAGACAUUCCCUGCCUAUGAAUUACCGAACAGUCGCUUCCAGAAGAUUAAACAUGAUCCGGCCUAUUUCAUCACUGCUUCCCGCACCGUGCGUCCAGGUCAGGUGUACUCAGUGGUUGUAACUGUGUUCCGGAACCCUCUCAUCGUCCGCGCCUCUGUCCAGAGAGAUGGUGUGGAGCUGGCGUCAGAUCAACACGAAUGCCAUCCUCGCAUUCCGGAGACCCUGCUGCUCAAGAUUCCACCCACCAUUUUGCCCGGUUCUUAUCGCCUGCGCGUAGAUGGGGGCUUUGAAGGACUUCUCGAGGGUGGAGAAUUCCAUAACGAGACAGAACUGACAUACUCUCAGAGAUCGAUGACCAUCUUCAUUGAGACUAACCAGCCCAUCUACAGGCAGGGACAAAAUAUCCUCUUUCGUGCCAUUCCUGUUACCACCGACUUGAGAGCAUUUCCAGAGGCCGUUGACGUAUUUAUUCUGGACCCGAGGGGGACGAUCAUGAGAAGGUGGCUCUCCAGGCAAACUAACCUAGGUGCCGUUAGUUUUCAAUACCAAUUAUCCAAGCAACCGAGGUUCGGAAACUGGUCCAUAAGAGUGGUUGCCCAGAACCAAAUUGAAGAAAAAGAAAUCUAUGUUGAAGAAUAUUAUCAAACCCCUUUCGAAGUAAAUGUGACGCUUCCUGCUUUCAUCUUGGAGAAUGAACCUCAAAUCAAAGUAGCAGUCACAGCGAACUAUACCAGCGGGGCACCAGUGACUGGAAAUUUAACGGUGAGAACAAGAUUAGAGCCUUUACAUUCCCAGUACAGGCCUUAUGGACAAGUUCCAGAGACCAAGAUGUUUUUUAAUUAUUUUGAAGGUCAUUUGGACGUGAAUUUACCAAUGUCCGAGCUUCGUCGUCUGCGCUCUACUUCAGACAGACCUUCCCGAUUAAGUGUAUGGGUAGAGGUGGGAGAACGAUUCUUGGAUCAAAUCGAAAUAGGUUUUGCUGAGUCUCUACUCUACAAGGCAGACUUAAAACUAACCUUUUUGGGAGACAGUCCGCAAAUCUUUAAGCCGACCAUGCCUUUCAAGUGCUAUGUGUCUGUAGCAUUUCUUGGCGGUUCGUUGCCUCCCAAAUGGCGGCUUAAUGAUCAGAGGCUGGAACUGCGUACCCGGGUGCGAUUCUCUGAAGGCCUAGAGCACGAUUUAGAUCCGAGACUCGAAACGAUGUCGGCCCUACAAUUUGGUAUUUGGGAGAUUUCCGUGGAUCUAGUGUCAGAAUUAGGCUCCUUAACCGCUGUGAACAAUGUUAAGUCGAUGACUCUGGAGGCUCGAUACACUGAUGAAACUGGUGCGCAUGUGCGAACAAGUCUUCUUGUGUACGCUUCCUAUGCUCCGACUCGCCGUCAUCUUCAAGUGACUACUAGUUCCAGAGAUGUCAAGGUGGGAGAAUAUCUCAUAGUUCACGUUCGUGCAGACUAUUACGUAGAAAAAUUCUAUUAUCUGGUGAUGUCGAAGGGCAUUGUAUUGCUGAGCGGCGCGGAAGAAAUGCCAUUUAGCAUCAAGACGUUCGCCAUCCCUUGCUCAUCUGCAAUGGCCCCCACGGCCUCACUGAUCGUUUGGGACGUAGCCCGGGAAGGAGAAGUGGUGACCGACGCUCUUAUUUUUCCGGUGGACGGCCUUUCCAGAAACAAUUUUUCUGUGACACUCAAUGACAAGAAAGAUAAGACGGGUAAUACGAUUGAAGUGAUUGUUGAAGGUCAACCCGGCACCUAUGUUGGCCUCUCAGCCAUCGAUCACCUGUUGCACAAAAUGGACACUGGAGAAAAUUUUAGCCCUUCAGAGGUGUUGGAAAAGAUGAACUCUUUCAAUGGGCAGGAUAUCUGGUCCAGCAGGACCCUGUCCUAUUCGUGGAGAUCACGUAGCAAUAAACCCAACCCUUUUGUCCACUAUCCCUCCCUUUCAUACGGAAUCGACACCCUCCAUACUUUCCAGUAUGCCGGUUUGGUUGUAUUUACAGAUGCCAAUGUUCCAAAACGUCCUGAAGGAUGUUCGAGUGGGAUGGCUGCCUGCUUGGAUGGUGCUUGUUACCAGGCCCAGAAGCGCUGCGACGGGUUUGCGGAUUGCAGAGAUGCAUCGGACGAGAGUGGAUGUCCUCCUCGUGAUGAGCAGGACAUGGCUGAAUUUUAUCGAAAACGCCUCAACCGUCUCGAGAGGAUGUACCAUUCCUCCUGGAUUUGGGAAGACAUCAAUAUCGGACCUCGAGGUUACACCAUCUUCUCCGUUCCGGUACCUUCUUUGCCCACCACGUGGUUGCUUGGAGCCUACGGAAUGAAUAGGGCCCAAGGCUUCGGAAUGUUGCCCUCUCCCGUCCAAUUCUCUUUCACCCGUCCUUUCGCCAUGAACGUCGAGAUGCCCUCCCAGUGCCGGAUAGGGGAGCAGAUUGGAAUCAGAAUCACAGUCUUCAACUACUUCCACUCAGAAAUCGAAGCACUUGUGAUCUUAGGCAGAUCUCUCGACUAUAGAUUUGUUCAUGUCGAACAUAUGGGAAUUGUGCAGUCUUACAAUCCACGAACCGACUCAAAUGAGCAUCACCAUCUCGUUUUCGUGAAAUCCGGUAAAAGUGCUAUUGUGUAUAUGCCAAUAGUAGCCACUACCACCGGAACCAUCAAUGUCACUGUCAUGGCCAGAGCACAGAUGGCCAAAGAAGUUGUGACAAGACCUCUUAUAGUGAAAGCGGAUGGCGUACCUCAGUUCAGACACACGAGCGUUUUGCUUGAUCUCUCCCAAGGAGCGUAUCUCAUGAAAUAUCUAGAUACGAACCUGACAGAAACUCCAAUUGUGCCAUAUAGACGAGAGAGGCUGUACGUAUUUGGGUCUAACAAAGCGACUGUGUCGGUUACAGGUGAUUUUAUUGGCGCUGUCUUUCCCAGCAUGCCAGUGGGCACAGAAAGUCUCCUAAAGCUGCCUGGAUGGUGUGGGGAGCAGGCCAUGUUCAAUUUCGCCGCCAACCUCUACACUCUUCUUUAUCUUAGGCUUUCCGGUCAGCGGAUGCCGGCACUGGAGAAAGAGGCCUUUCAGCACCUCAGAAUAGGAUACCAGAGGCAACUGAGCUAUCAGCUGAGUGACGGUUCAUUCUCACCUUUCCGAUGGGAUACCCCUCCAAGUGUUUGGCUAACUGCAUUCUGUGUUCGUGUUUUCCAUCAAGCUACUUUCCAAGAAUGGGAAAGCUUCCUUUUCAUCGACCCCAAAGUCAUCUCUAGGGCUGUCCGAUGGUUGCUGAAACAACAAAGUUUUGAAGGGGCUUUUUGCGAAACCACUACUUACCCCUACGACAGGAAGAUGAAUCUCACAUCUAGCCGUAUCAAGGAUCCUGUGAAAUACCGAAACAUCUCUCUUACGGCGCAUGUCCUCAUCACUCUAGUAGAAGUCAGUGAUCUCAGUGGAGAACUGGGUGCGGAAGUCGUUCGUGCCAAGCGUGGUGCUCAGCGUUAUUUGGAGAAAAUGAUGCAUUCGAUACGCGAUUCGAAGGACCCAUAUGAAUUAGCCAUCGUUGCCUACGCCCUCACUCUGGUCAACAGCGUGGAUGGUGAGGCCGCCUUCAAUGCCCUCGAUGCCAAAAUGAAAGAGGCUGCUGGUCUUCGUUACUGGGGCCGUGAACCAGUGCCGCCUCCGCCUAUCCGCAUUGACAGCAACCGCCCGCAUCUGUUACCUCGUCUUCCACUCAAAUAUGAUGCCCUCAACAUUGAAACCACUGCAUACGCUUUGCUAACCCACAUCAAGCGACAGGCCGUCAUCCAAAGGGAGAUUGUCCACUGGCUGAAUGCACACAGGUCCACCGAUCACGGGUGGGCCUCCACUCAGGAUUCUAUUGUGGUAAUGCAGGCACUGAUGGAGUACGCCAUCCAGAGUCGCUUGCGUGAUGUCAUUGACGUGACCGUGACCGUGGAGGUGCCUUCUUUACCCGGUUACUCACGCAGCAUUCACGUAGAUGAGAACAACUUCUCCCGCCUGCAAAAGAUUGAAAUUCCUCGUGCUUUCGGCACCGUAGUGGUAAAGGCGCAGGGGUCUGGCGCUGCCCUCGUGCAACUCUCCGUGGAUUACAACGUAGACUGGCAGCAUCUCAUCACGCCCCCACCCGUCCAAGCCUUUCAUCUUGAUGUAAAGGCCUCGUAUUCAGGAAGGAACAGUUCUCACCUCACAAUACAGUCCUGCCAAAGCUGGACCUUGCAAUCGGAGAGCCGGACCAGCGGCAUGGCUGUCCUGGAAGUAUCCCUGCCCACAGGCUACAUCAUCGAACAACACGAAUUACAUGGAUAUGUCAGAUCCCACCGUGUGCGAAAUCUUAGGGAAGCACGAUUUCGGGAAGGAGAAAUCAUCUUCUUCUUUGAACAUCUGGACAUAGCCCCUAUCUGUGUUACCUUUACUGUGCAACGCUGGCAUCCUGUGGCUAACAUGACUCGCUAUCUUCCGGUCAAAGUGUACGAUUAUUACGCACCAGAAAGAUACAAUGAAACGAUGAUGGAUUUGUACAACCUCUACGUGAUGAACAUCUGCCAAGUGUGUGGCUCUUACCAGUGUCCGUACUGCCCCAUUUUCAGUUCCUGUUCCGUUCUCGGCGGUUCAUUUAUCCUCAUCUCUCUCCUCAUUGUUCUUAUUCAUACAUUCAGAUAAUAUCGUGGUUCAAGUUCGAAAGGUGAUUUAUUUUAGGUCUUUCACAACAGUCAAAUCUUUGUUGGUUGUUGAUGGGUUCAUUGAUGUUCAGGCGUUUGUAUAAGAACAAUGAAGUUGCAUCUAAGAAGUAAUAUUUAUAAGUGGAAAGUAUCCAAUACACCAUCUUUGGAAUAUGUAAUAAGUUGUUGCUGAUGUUGAAGGACUUGCUGAAAUAUUUAAUUAAGAAAGACGAAGAAGAUAUAUGAGUAGCAGUAUUAUGUGUAAAAAUAUUUUAUCUUCUAUGUAUUUAAUUGAAGAGUAUUACUUACCAGCAAGUACUACAUCAUGACGAUGUUGUUUGAAACUAUCCAAUUAUGUUGUGAUAUUGUGUGAGUUGACGAUAUCGUGUUGAUAUAAGAAACUAUUGGCCAAAUAUGAUGCAGAUGAUGAUGUUUAGAGAGUUUAGAAUAGCAGAGAAGAAUUUAUACAACCUUUCUAAAGGCUUUCUGAACUUGAAAGAUAACUUUUAGCUUUGUUUUGAUUAUUUAAUUCCGGAAAUAUCAUAUUAUUUUAAAUUAAUAUAUAAAUCUUAUUCAUAUAUUUAUCUUAAAUACAUAUUAUUGAGAUUUCCAAUCAUUAUGAAAAAGCGACAUCCUCCCCCAAAAAAUAGCUUAGAGCAGCUUGAAGAAAAUGAUUGCGGAAUUAUUUUAAGGGGGUUAUGAUGAUUCUAUUUCGAAUUUUUUAGCCAGCAAACAUUAUCAAUCUUCUAAAUAGAUUAUAUAUCAAGUUCUAAAAUUUCCAAAUAGUAAUUUAACUAAAAUCAUCACCAUUAAAGGAAGAAGUCUUGAAAGAACAUAAUAAAGUUAUCCUUCAAAGAAAAAAACCAAUAUAUGAUUUUCAGAGAAUUUUAUAUUACACAUCUAAUACUAUUUUAUUGGAAUAAUUUCUGUAGAAAAUUGACCAGCCUUUGUAGAAAUUUAAGACUUUGGCCAAUUGGGUAAAUUUGAUUACAAUGACGUCCCAUUUUGAAGCCACAUGAGAGUUGAUUUGUUAUAAACUUCGUCCUUUUCAGCCGUGGUCAGAGAAAGAAAGCAAGUACUGAUUAGAUGAAUCCCGGUUCCGUAUGUCCACUGAUCAUCUAUGGGAGAACAUUUUAUCCCAACAAAUUCGAUAUGCACUGGCAGAUAUACUCGAAUCGAAGACACUCUAGUAACAAUACUAAGAUUGUUAUCAGACCAAUGCAGCGACACACAGUUUGGAUUUGAAAGCUUCUUUCUAGAUCUUCACUCCUUUAGCAUCAUCCUUAAAAAUUUGCACCGAUUCGCAUUGAAAUCAAAAUGCACAUUACGCACAAACCUAACAAAUCAUCACUGUGUCAGGAUUAUUUAAAAAAAUUUCUAUAAACUGAACAUGUGCAGGGUACCGAAUAAUUAGCAUCUGAUUAACUAAAGUGUGAAACAGUUAUUAACCAAAGUUGAAAUUCAUUGCUUUUCUUUUGUGCUGUAAUAUUGUAUCCGUUACCAUCCAUCUAGAAGCAAUGGAUUUCAAAAUUAAUUUGGUACGAAGCUUUUUGCUUGAAUGGAUUUGUUACAUUAAUAUUCUGCUUCUGAUGAUACACGAAUUCUAAGUUGUGAGAGAUCUUGUAAUUGCACAUGAUGAGGGUUAGAUUUCAGCCGGCGCCUCACUCCAAAUAUCCAAGCCACACUAACUUAAGGAUAGAUUUGACUUGCAUCACUGAGGAUUCGUUUGAUAAUAUUACAUACAGUUAAAACAGCAGAGAGAAUUUUUGCAUUUAAAGAAAUAAUUUACCACAUGUUUUCUAUGUCACUUUUUCUUAUCUACAUAGAGGAAAGUAGCACGAACUAUAAUUUUAUGUUUUUUAUAAGCCUGUUAAACUUAUUUGUCAUCCUUUUUAUUUUAAUGUUAAACAAUGUGUCAUUUCAUUAGUAUGCCUCUAGAAAUUUCAAACGACUUACUGAAUGCAAAUGAGUAUAAAUUCAAAGAAAGUGUCUGUAAACACUUUCCAAAAAGAUUCUUUGCAGAAACAUGUGCCAAAGAUUCUGUGACCAAUUUUAUUUUAAAUGCCAAAAAUAUUAAUAAGAGUUCCUGAAAUCAAAGCGAAAUAAAUUUAUUAUCUAAGUACAAACAAAAUGUUAAAAUGCUUAUUUAGAAGUAAUAUUUUCAAAUAAGCUCUAACUGUUAUAAAAGAAAUUUGUAUUUAUAUGUAGCGUUAUGCCGGGCUUACACUUGGUUGUUGUUUCUUAUGGCCCUUGUCACUAGACAAUCUACUGACGAAGUAAGCGAUUUUACGCCGAAUUUCAGUGUCUCUUGUUUUCAGUAGCGCUAUCUAGGUCCAAGAGUACGACUUAGCUAUUUAUGCGUCACAACAUUCGCUUGCACAACCCCUUUCUUACAAGGGGAGGGGGGGGCUCUUUCACAGAUAGAACACAUAGGAAGAACAACCAUGCCCGAACCAGGACUCGCACCUGGGAUCCCCAGAUCACGGGGAAGACGCGCUACCCCUAAACCAACACCCGGUCAUUUAUAAGACGACCAGUAGGCAGCGCAUGCGCAGAAAGGAACUGAUUUAUGUUUGCCACAAUUUCAUAAGAUAGAUUCAUGCGUUCCAUGCCUAGCUCUAAAUUACCGUUUGGGCGUCCCUGUUUUUUUCUUUUUCACUGCGUACAGUUUUUAAAUGAUGGAUAUUUACACAAAAAUGCAAUGUAAAAUAAAAAUAAAAAAAUUCAACAUACCUAAAUUUGGAAAACUAUAGAAAAGAAAUGGCAAAUAAAAUAAAAACAAAACAAAACCUUGAAUCAGAAAGAAUAAAGAGCAAAAAAUGUCGGAAUUAAUCUGUGAUAAGUGAUCCAUUUUUUCACUCCAAAAAGACCGCCAAAUUCUACAAACACAUGCGCAGUAAAAAAAAAAAAAAAAUGCAGCGGCAUGUUGUUCUCCCGCUGCCUAAUGGCCGUCUUAUAACUGGCCGAGUGUAAUCCCGGCAUUUCAAUAGCACAAUGCAACUCAUUUCUAUAAAACUGAGACAUUAACACAUAGCCUACGGAAGCCCUAGAUAUCCAAGAAAAUCGAUUCGCUUUCAAUCCACUUAUAUCGCUUGACCAUAUAACUGGAGAGUUAAACAGCACCAAAUUUAACGAAAACAAAACAAAAAAUUGUACGCUUGCUGUCUUGUUUUUUUUAUAUUUAUUAUUAUUAUUUUCUGAAGAAGUUAAUGUCUCAAAUCAUUUGUGUUUUGAUAAGAAACUUUUAUGUAUAAUAUUUUGUGUAAAAUCUUUUGUACUUUUGACUGAAAUGAGUUUUGUAAUGAAUGUAAAUAGAAGAGGCCUUGUUUUAUUAACAAGUCACAGAUUGAAACAAGCACGAUGUCCGGAAUAAAAGGUUAUUUAGUGGAAAUUUUCAAGAAUUUGUUUGAAAUAAUUAAUGAGAAUUUAAGGUCUCUUUUUAAUUUGUUUAAA